UUACUGUCAAAUCUGGGUCAACUGGACAUGGCUGUUAUUUGGCUAACUUUGGGGGUGGUGCUCGCCCUGGGGGUGCUGCCAGGGUCCCACGGCAGGCAGUGUGUGGGGGUGGGGCCAUGUAUGUGUGUUUUCGACGACGGUACUGGUACAGCUGAUAUGACGACCACAGGAAAUACUGAUGGAACGCCAAAGUACAGCGACUACACGGCAUUGAACGACAACUACCUCUACUCGUACAACCCAUGCUUCCCGUUCAGUCAAUACUCGUGCUCAGACGCUGCGAUGUGUCAGAGUGACUAUGACGGGAGUUCAUGGCUGACUGGCGACCAGAACUCAGCCGUAUGGUCAUUUGAUGGCACCAACAUCCAGAUAUACUACAGCGCCACCACGGACACCUUGAGGGAGUCCUUCAUCACCGCCAUCUGUGAUGAGACCUACGACGAACCGUUUGUUGAGAUCCAGGGUUCCCAGGGAGUUCCCCAAUAUUACGGCCGUAUAACCUCGAAGUGCGCAUGCGCAGACGGUUGUCACGAGACAAUUUACGUUCCGCCCAGUGACGGCUUGAGCGUAGGGACCAUUCUGCUUAUAAUAGUCAUUGUUGUGAUGGUCGUGUAUCUGGUGGGAGGGGUCACUUACAACAGAUACGUGCGUCAUAACACGGGGAGGGAGGUACUACCCAACACAUCGCUCUGGGGAGCUCUUCCUGGACUUGUCAAGGAUGGUUUUUGCUUCGUCGUCGGCUGUUUCCGAGGAGGAAGUGGAAAAAAGGGAUACGAUAACAUAUGACCGAUCUCACUAACGACAUUAAGCAUCACCUGCAGAUUUAAAACAACUUUGACAGGGAAGAAAACAGAGAUCGUUAUAUUCAUUGUUCGUUCUUUUACAUCACGAAAAUAACACAAGACAAGAAAGUGAGCAAGGACAAUAGUUGGAAUGAAUCUAAGGACAUUUCAUUAAUUUAAAACUAGGGCUGCUAUGAUAAUCGUUAACAAAAUAUCGAUCGAUUAUCGAUCGACAUAACGUUAAGCAAAAAGGACAAAAAUAUCUGAAAGAAAAGGUAUAAUUCUCUUACACUAUAUACACAUUUAGGACUUUAUUCAUGGUCUGCUUCGAAAUAAUGUUCAGGAUGAGGUUUUGUUAAUAAUCCAUGCAAAAAGAAUGUCAGCACUCACCAGUGAUGUGAAACAUAUUAAUUUUUCUAUCACAAAGUCAAUGUAUGCCAUUAUCGAUAACACAAUUUUCAUAUCGAUAAUCAUUAAAUAUGUUUCCUAUCCACGA